AUGAAGCUUUGGGAUUCGAACAGAUAUGAUGAUCAAGGAACAAUGGACGAGAGUAGUCCUUUUGACGAUUUGUUCAAAUUUUCAAGGACUCAGCGUCUUUAUGCUUUUGGAAUUUGUACUGGGUUCCUUGUUGGAUUCGCGAAACAAAUAAAAACAAUGUUUGCACCAGUUCGUUGGCUCGCUAGUACUGUUUUCGUUGCAUCGAUGGCACUCACAUUGGUUGUGGCAUUCUUG